AUGCUUUGGAAGACUCUGGUGCUGCUGCUGUUCUAUUGCAGUGCUUAUGCCACUGUGACCCACAGAUGGAGCAGAGCUGUGCUUUUCCCAGCUUCUCAGAGAUUCAAGAGGUCCUCAGCUGCCUUCCUGAACCCAGUGUUACAGAACUCGCUGGAGGAUGUGGUCCUGCUUUAUGAGUUUCUUUUAGCUGAGCUCGACAUCGACAAAGGUCAGAGGAUCUCCAUCAAGGAUGAGGAGCUGGCUUCCCUGAGGAAGGCUGCUGAGUUUGACACCAUCUGCAACGAGAUCAUCCCCAAGAGCAUCCCGGAGAUCCGCAGGCUGAGCAGCAGGCUGUCCUCCUACCCCAGGGUCCUCAAGAAGGAGGACUUUGAGAGGACAGUGCUGACCAUGGUCUACACGGCCUACAGAGCCGCCCAGUCCCAGGGGCACCAGAAGGACACCUGGGCUGAGUCCUUUGUCAACCUCUACAAAGCCCUGAAGAACGACUUGAUGCUGUCAUACAGCAAGCAGCCCUCGUAG